CAUAAUUAUAGGUGUACAGAUUAUAAUAGAUAUUUUGGUAGUAUCGCUAUUGUUAUGUAUGUAUAUUGGUGGUGGGUAGGGUUAAGUCUACCCGCGCGCCCUCUGGCGCCGGCAUUUUUGUAACCGUCCCUUAGUCCGGUAAUAAACCUAUGUACUAACGCACGGUCUCCUAAUUUACGCCUCCUAGAACCCUCCCUAUCAGCCCUUAGGGCUUAUAUAUAGCAAUUGGCGACGGGAUUCUUCGAACUUCACGCGAGCAGUGUUGGCAGUGGCUCGGGAACGCGUUAGUUUUCGCAGUAGUGAAGAUAAAAAUAAUAGUGAGUGAGUAACAGCAAGAUGGCGGUGGGCAAGGUGGAGCCGUUUGAUAUUCACAAAGGCAGCUGGGAAGCGUACAAGGACCGAGUGGAACAAUAUUUUGUGGUGAACGAUGUCAAGGAAGACAGGAAAGUUCCAAUGUUGAUCACGCUAAUGGGGGCCGAAGCGUACGAGAUGCUAGUGACUUUGUGUACACCGGCGAAACCGUCGACAUUAAAAUACGACCAAAUUCAGCAACUGUUAGCAGAUCAUUUACAGCCUACGCCCAGUGUUUUGGCCGAAAGGUACAAGUUUCGCCAGCGUAAACAAACAAAAAGUGAAUCAGUAGCAGAUUACUUAGCAGAUUUGAAGAAAUUAAGUAGAUUUUGUGACUUCGGAACUUGGUUGGACGAAAGUGUAAGAGACCAGUUUGUGUGCGGUUUACAUAGUGAGAGCAUUCGUUUAAGGUUAUUCACGGAAAAGGACCUUAAAUUAAAAACGGCUACGGACUUAGCGGUUGCAAUGGAGGCGGCAGAAUUUAAUGCAGCGGAGGUAGCUCGUAAAAAUAAUCCGGGUGGCGAGCGUGAGACCGCAGGUUGCUAUGCUAUUAGCGAAGCAACGGGUGCGAGCGAUAUGUUAUGGGCUAGAGCGAGAGGCAACACACGGGCAGCGGCAAGCCGCGCCGAAGGCACGCGAGGCGGCGCGACGACAAGCGGGAGCGGGCGAGCAUGGCCGAGCGGCCCGAACGGACAGCGUAGAUAUGGCGGCGCUGGAGUGACAUUGACAGCUGCUCCUCGAUCAAAAGUAGGUCACGGUCAACUUUGUUCCGUGUGUGGCCGGGAUCAUUCCAGUGAAACGUGCAAAUUCAAAUUGUAUUCAUGUCGUGUGUGCAAUCAGGAGGGACACUUAAAGAAAAUGUGCCCGCGAUUGUCGCGUUCCGUGGGACACCAUUAUGUUAUUACGGAAACGGGAAACCAUGGAAACCAAUCGAUCCCCGAAGAUGAUUUAGAGAUUUAAAGACGUAUUCUCGGAGGGGCUGGGUCGGUACAAUGGCGGGCUGGUCACGCUGCGGGUGAGAGACGGCGCCAGGCCGGUAUACCUGCGCGCGCGGCCGCUGGCGUACGCCCUUCGUGAACCGGUGGAGCGGGAGCUCGAGCGACUGCAGCGUGAAGGUGUCAUCACACCAGUAGAAACAGCGGACUGGGCAACUCCGAUUGUUCCCGUGGUCAAGUCAGAUGGAUCUCUCCGGAUUUGUGGCGAUUACAAGAUAAGUUUGAACAAGUAUUUAGAAGUAGAUCGUUUCCCCUUGCCAAGAGUGGAGGAUUUGUUUGCCAAAUUACAUGGUGGUAAAAAGUUUAGUAAGAUUUGACCUGUCACAGGCAUAUGCACAGCUAGUUCUGGAUGAUACCUCCAAGUAUACCGUCAUAAACACACACAAGGGGCUGUUUAAAUAUAAUCGUCUUAUAUAUGGCCUAUCCUCAAGCCCGGGAAUUUUUCAGAGGAUUUUGGAGCAAAUGUUUGUAGACAUACCUCGAGUUGGUGUGUUUUUAGAUGAUGUGGUAAUUACAGGAUUAGACGAUCAAGAACAUUUAAAGAAUUUAACUGCCGUUUUUGAACGACUACAAAAA